AGGCUUCCAGAACUUUGGUCACAAUGUAGUCAGGGGUGUACCCCUGCCACCAGGGCUGAAGAGGACUGAACCUCAUGGGUAUCUAGAAGCAGUAGGUGGCCCCCAGAAGGCAGAAAAUGGAGGAUAACGGCAGGUUCCCUUCACCUCACAGCUUCAGAAAGAACGACCGAAGAACCACAUGGGACUACCUCCAUGUUCAGAACUUUUUGUCCAACAAGCCCAGAGUGACUGUUUAGUCCAAAGCUGACCUGUAACUUGACUGCAGAGCCUGACUUGGUAGGUCACAAGAGUUUUUAAGAUCAAAUCUUAGUCCUCAUAAAUCCCAGUAUAUCUCUUCUGGUAUUGAGGAUACUAUUCUUGAUUUUAUUGAUGCUAUUAAGAAGUCAGAUUGCAGUCUAAAAGUCAUGGUUUUAAAGGUGGAAAGUACCAAGAGCUCAAGUGCAUCCCUCCCCUCCAACAUGCCCUCUUACAGGUCUCUGUCUUCCUUCUGUGAGGAUUGCCCUAGCAGUCACACUAGCUUCUCAGAUGGCGAGCUUGCCUGGAAUGUGAGGGAAGGUGUCAAGCAUCGAAUCUUCUACCUCUCAGAGCAGCUGAGAGUGGAGAAGGCCAGUAGGGAUGAAAAUACCAUGAGCUACCUCAAACUGGUAUCCAAAGCUGACCGGCACCAGGCCCCACACAUCCGGAAGGCCUUUGAGAGGGUGAACCAGCGCACCUCUGCCACUAUUGCUCACAUAGAACAAAAACUCUAUCAGUGUCAUCAGCAGCUGAAGGAGCUGGAAGAGGGCUGCGGUCCUACAAGCUCAGUGCUGAAAGUGGGCAGUGGCAUGGACAACCAUAAGCAGCCAAGUGGGAAGGUUUCAUAUUCCAAGUUGUCCAAGCCAGGUGGGGAAGAUAGCCUGGCCAUCAACGUUGCUAGGUCCUCUACUCUAGAGAGUCACUUGUCAAGCAUGCAGCAAAGGAAAUUCUCAGACAAAAAGUAUGUGGCCCAGCAACAAAAGUUGCUUUUGCAUAAAAUGAAGAAAGAACUGACAGAAGCCAAGAAGGUCCAUGCUAGCCUUCAGGUCUCCCAUCAAAGCCUUAAGGAAAGUCAUAUGAUUGAUGUGCAGAGGAUACUGGAGUCACUCCAGGAAAAGAAAACCAGACAAUCACUGAUGGAAGAACAGGUGAAUAAUCACUUGCAGAGAUACCUGGAUGAGAUUUGCAACUUCAAACAGCAUCUGGCAUGCACUGAAGAGAAAAUGGCCUAUUUGUCCUAUGAAAGAACCAAGGAAAUAUGGGAUGUAAUGGAGACUUUCAAGAGCAGAAUAACCAAGCUAGAAACUCUACAGCAAGCUACCCAACUGGAGAUGAUGGCUAGCCUCAGAACUCGUCCCAAGGACUUUUUGUUCAAAUUCAUAAGCCUGCUUCUCACUCUGACCACUAUCAUCUUGGUUGUGGUCUGUACAUUGUGUUCUUGCCCCUUGCCCUUGCUCAAUUCACGCCUGCGCAUCUUCAUUGUAUUUAUGAUCAUUGGGCUUGGGACCUUGGCCUGGCAGAAGCGGCAUGUCAUAUCUAUUAUUGACUGGCAGGCCUGGGUCCCCUUUAAGUGGAGACCAGAAUUAAAGGAUGCUAAGCCUCCAUCAGAUGGACACUGAGGGGCAAGAAGUGCCAUUCACCUGAAUUUCUUCCUUUCAGUUGUUGAAGGUACCCAGUAAGACCUCUUUAGAAAGCUACUUUGUUGCUCUCAUUUUUUUAAUUCUGUAACUGCAAGCCCAGUGAGAUACAUGCAGAUGCCAACUUGCCUUCUCCUUCCAGUUUUCCAUGCUCUUUUCAUAAUAUCUACAGACUGGAUUAAACGUGGAAAAAAAAAACCACA